GGCUCCGCGCGUGGGAGAAGAGGAAGAGGAGGAGGAGGAGGAGGAAGAAGAGGAGAAGAGCUGGCCGCCCGCUCGGAGCCAUGGCAGACCACUAUACCUACAGAAUUGGAAAGAAGGUUGCGGGCUCCAGCAGGACCAGCGCGGAGAGAGAAAGCAGAAAGGCAGAACUGAAGGUCCCCCCAGCCUAUGAACAGUCUAACCUGGGAAAUGCAAUGAAUGACAAAACAGAAAGCAAACGGAAAGGAAGGCCCAAGACCGAAAACCAGGCCUUGAAAGAUAUUCCCCUGUCUCUGAUGAAUCAAUGGAAGGAUGAAUUUAAGGCUCAUUCCAGGGUGAAAUGUCCUAACUCGGGUUGCUGGCUGGAAUUCCCAAGCAUCUAUGGCCUGAAAUACCACUUCCAGCGGUGUCAGGGGGGCGCCGUUGUCGAGAAACGCACCUUCCCCUGCCUGUACUGUGAAGCCGUCUUCACGUCAAAAACUCAGCUGGAGAAGCAUUGUCUCUGGAACCAUUUGGACAGGCCCUUGCCAGCAGCCAGCCCCCCAGCAGAAAACAAAGUGCAGAAGGCAACCAGCAAGGGGGCAGGGAAGAAAAGAGCUGCCGAACGCACCAUGUCCCCCACCCUUCACCCCAAACAAUCGAAGGUGGAGAAGGCCGUCGCCUUGCAGCACCCCGAGAACGGAGAGCACGCGGCCGUGAGCCAAGGCAUCAGGGUUUUGAAGACGGCUGCAGCUGGAGGUGGGGAAGGAGCUGCCACUCCGCUCGGCCAGACGCCGGGCACCCGCAGCUCCAAACAUCAUGCGAGCAGACAGGCCUUUAAGCAGGAGGAGGAAGACCCCGAAAGGAUGAAGCACAGAAGGAAACAGAAAACGCCUAAGAAGUUUACUGGAGAGCAGCCGUCUAUCUCAGGAACGUUUGGAUUAAAAGGGCUGGCGAAAGCAGAAGACAAGGCUAAGGCACAUCGCGCAAAGAAGUUGGAAGCUUCCCUCCUCAGCGGUAGCAACGAAGAGCAUAAGAAAAAGCUUUUGGGAUCCAAUGCGAGAAAAGAGGCCACCACCUUAGCAACUGCUCCUUCAGCCACAGCAACCCCUGAGGAGCAGUGGCAGCGGAUAAUCAACGAGAAGGGAGAGGUCUCUUGCCCGACCUGUGGCAUGAUCAGCCGGAAGACGGUCUUGGGUCUCAAGAAGCACAUGGAAGUCUGCCAAAAACUGCAGGAUGCCUUGAAAUGCCAGCACUGUAAAAAACAGUUCAAGUCAAAAGCAGGGCUGAAUUAUCACACAAUGGCAGAGCACAUGAACAAGACUGCUCCUGUGGAAGCUGCUGUCCCUCUCGGGGAGCUAGGAGACAGGGAAAGGCUGAGGAAAAUGCUAAAGCAGAUGGGGAAACUCAAGUGUCCGAAUGAGGGCUGCGUGGCCACCUUCUCCAGUCUCAUGGGGUACCAGUACCACCAGAAGCGAUGCGGGAAGCAGCCCUCGGAGCUGGAGAAGCCGGUCUUCACCUGCCCCCACUGUGGGAAGGCCUACAAGUCCAAAGCUGGGCAUGACUACCACAUCCGCUCCGAGCAUCCGGCCACGCCCCCAGAGCAGCCAGAGCUGAAACCCGAACCCAGCCCCGUGGAAGAUUUCGAGAGGACCCCCAGCGGCCGCAUCCGGCGCACCUCCGCCCAAGUCGCCGUCUUCCACUUGCAGGAAAUAGCGGAGGAUGAGUUGGCCAAGGACUGGACCAAGCGGCGGAUGAAGGACGAUCUGGUCCCCGAAACAAAGCAACUAAACUACACUCGGCCUGGACUUCCCAAAUUGAACCCGCAGCUUCUGGAGGCCUGGAAGAAUGAAGUCAAAGAAAAAGGACACAUCAAUUGCCCAAAUGACUGCUGUGCAGCCAUUUACUGCAGUGUGUCCGGCUUAAAAGCCCACCUGGCCAACUGUAAUAAGGGAGGCCAUUCGGUGGGCAAAUAUCAUUGUCUUCUGUGUCAGAAGGAGUUUAGCUCAGAAAGUGGGGUCAAAUACCACAUCAUCAAGACACACUCAGAGAACUGGUUCCACACCUCAACCGAUUCUUCGAAGAAAAAGAAAAGUAAAGAACAGAGAUUGCCCAGCAACGAGGAACGAAAGACUAGUCCCGACGGCAAGAAGCGAGGCCGGAAACCGAAGGAGAGGCCUUCCGAAUUUUUCCCGAAAGACACAGAAAGCCUCCUGGGAAAUAUUAACCAUAAGAAAGCCACGGGGUCUUGGCCGGUGGCAAACUGCAUCCUGGAUGAAAAAGAUAGAGGUAACAAUUCCUUCCACGCCCCGAAAUUCGGGGCUAAUAAAAUGCCAGAAAAAUAAGCCGAGGGGUCAGGAAAAAAAAAUAUUCAAAAAAAAUAAUAAUAGUCCCUCUUUAAAGAUUAGUUUACAGAGUGAUGGGUGAGCAGGAUGCUCCUUCAUUGGCGAGCCCCUCCCGUUCCGCUCAAUCCUUCCUUUUUUUUAAGAAAACAAAAAAAAGUGACAAAACCACUUUAAGACGCUGGAAACAAAACAUUGGAUUUUAUUUUUCGGAGACGGACUCGACCUUCCGGCGCGAUUCUUCCAUCCGAAAACCCCGCCUGGAUUGUACAUAAUGCCCGCCUGCCUGGGCAGACCACGUCCACGGAUCGGUUGGGUACCACGGCGAAAGGCGGGGUAGCGGGUGGGGGGAUGCUGUUUCUUCGGAAGAGACGCUGCAGGAGGAGGAAAGAGCGAAGUGCAAUAGGGAAACCACGCGAAGCGUUUUUUUUUGUGGAUUGCUUUUCCCGUAGCGGUCGUGUGUUUAGGGGAAAACGGAGCGUGUUUGGGAGUCCCGCGAACGACAACAAAUAUUGUGGUUGUGGUUGCAAACCCAGCUUACUUUUUAUAAUUUUGAUAGGAAAUGGCGUUUAAAAAAAAAAAGAAUUAUCUGAGAUUGUUUGACAAUGAACCAUUGGCGGGGGAGGGGGGUUGGGUUUAUGAUGAGGAUGAUGAUGGCGAAUUUUGAAUUUUUGGUCUAUUUGUUUUCAUGGUCCAACCAGGUCCAACCAAAAAGACUGAUGCCCCCCGCUUGUAAUUUGGAUAACAAAAACGCUGGAAAGAUUGAAAAGUUUAGGGAAAACCAAUAUUGGAGAAAGGAACUUUUGGCAAAGAGAUGUUUGGGGAAGUUUUCUUAAAGAAAGAGGAUUAAUUGUGGGAAAUUUAGGGCCUUUCCAUGAAACUCUUUAUUAUAAGCAGGUAUUUGUGAGGGGAAAAAUGCCCUUAAAAAUAUCCCAAGGAGAAAAAUCGGUCUAAUGAAUGAAUUAAUUAAUCUCAAUUUUAUUUUCCCGUAGCGCAGAAGUGCCCAACCUUAGUAAUUUUAAGAUCUCUGGACUUCAACUCCCAGAAUUCCAUGGCUGGCUGAGGAAUUCUGGGAGUUGACGUCCAGCCAUGCUG